GAAACCAGUAGAUGGGAAAAAGUAAUUCUCAAUGAUAUAAAUGGGCUCUAUAGCCACCCAUCAGUAAGAGUUUUCACAAAAAAAAAAAAAAGAAAGAAAGGUUUUAACCAAAAACAAAGGGUUUUUGCGUUAUCAUCCAUCUCCAACAUCUCGCCGUGUUGUCGCCUUCUUCAACAUCCCAAAACUCCGGUCACUCCAUCGCCGUAUCUCGACCUCACACCGUCCAACAGCCGAUACUCACGGCAGUUUUCAUCUCUACCAACAAUAUUUCAACUUCUCCACAUUCUCUCAAAUUGAAAAUCGAACCAAUUCAAAGGAUCGACUAAUUUCUGUAUCCAUGGGGAAGAAAGGAGGAGCGAAAAAACAUCCAAACUCGGAAUCAAAAUUUCAAAAUCCGAUUACUUUGAGAGAAGAAGCAACCGGAAAAUUGAAAACCAAACCAAUUGUUAACACAAAAUCACAUUUGAGAAUUGAUCAUUUGAAAAAGCUUGCGGUUUGGGCCACAACUGAACCUCACAUACCGUCUUUGAGUGCUUUCUAUGGUCAGCAUUUGGCCACCGUUUCGGAGGCCGCCGGUGUACCGCCGGAUCCUUCUUUAAUCACUUGCCAAAGGUGUGAAACUAUUCUUCAUCCUGGUUUUAAUUCAACUGUACGAAUUGAGAAGAAUAGAUCAAAGGCCAAGCAUAGGAACAAGAAGUAUGGAAGCAUCGCCCAAAACAAUGUAGUGUACAAAUGCCAUUUCUGUUCACAUCAAAAUCUCAAGAGAGGUACUCCUAAGGGACAUUUAAAAAAGAUAUGCCCGAUAAAAGAUAAGCCUUCCUUAGAAUCAACACCUGCUACAAAACCAAUUGUAUGCGAAUCUUCAAAAUUAGAAAAACACAUUGUAAGCAAAGACGAAGCUGGUGAAAUUCAUUCGGUUGGUCCAGAAGAUGUAGUUAAGAACGUCACCCGUAUGGUUGGUCCAGAUACUACACCAAGUACAAGCACACCAACAUUGUUAGAAGGAAAGAAGAGAAGUAGAAGUAGUUCUACAUCCAAGAACGCAUUUGAAACUCCAAGCAUGUCUGCAAAAGUAGAAGUAGCAAAUACUCAGAGCAAAUCGAGCAAAAGAAGAAAAAAAUCUUGGACCAGUUUAAAAGAAAUUGCUCAGAGCAAAGAACGAGCUGCUAAUUUGACAAUCCCAUUUUUUUUAUAACCAGGAAGAUUUCACGUUGAAACAAUUUUGUUGUUUUUGCUGUGUUUAAUGCUUAUUAUGAAAAAAUAAUAAUGUAUUCAACCUUUUUUUUUUUUGACAGCUAAUUUAUUUCAACCUUGAUAGUAUAUUGGCUACAAAAUGUAAGCUUUCUCUUUUCUAGUCUGAAUUUUGUUUUGCUAAAAUUA